AUGUAUGGUUAUAGUACUUGGUAUAGUCCGGAAUUUGCAGAAAAAUACUUAAAAGAACGUCCAGAAACCGUUUUAGUUGAGGAAGAUUCACCUCUACCGUAUAUGUCGUUGAUACUCACGCAUGAAGAAUUUGGAGGGCGUGCUUCGUAUUUAGGCUCUUUCUGUGCUGGUUGCGCUAAUACUGAUGACAAUGGUCAUGGUACUCAUGUAGCUGCAAUUAUUGCGAAAGUGAAAAUUGUUGGUGUCAAAGUUUUUGAUGGCACAGGUAUGGGAAGUUUCGCUGAUAUCAUAGCUGGUAUGUCAGCUAUUCUUUCUGAUGUGACUUCGAAAAAGAACAAGAACAAUGCUAUUGUAAAUUUAUCCUUUGGUGGUGGAUUAAAUCAAGCCGCCAAUACUGCGGUAAAAGCACUUACAGAUAAUGGGAUUCACGUUGUUGUAGCCGCUGGUAAUGAGGCUUCAGAUGCUUGUCUGACAUCUCCUGCUUCCGAGUUAUCAGCAAUUACUGUUGGAGCAACCGAGGCUAUUUCUAAUGAUCUCGUAAAUUUUUCGAAUUUUGGUACAUGUGUUGACAUUUUUGUUCCAGGCGUGAACAUUCGUUCUGCUGGAAUCCAAAGUAAUACUAGUAUAGCAACAUUUUCUGGAACAAGUCAAGCUACUCCUCAUGUUGCUGGAACUGUAGCUUUGAUAAUUUCAAAGUUUGGUAACCGAAAACCUGUUAAAAUGGCAGAGAUUUUAAUUAAAAUUUCAACAAAGAACAUUAUACAAUAG